UUCAUUGGUCACAGACUUAUCAUCAGACUUUUAAUGUGAUGUUUUACUUAAAAAACAAUUUAAAGGGAUUGUGUUUGGGCCAACAUAGUGGUGUGACCGGAGGGCAACACCAUGCUAUAGACGGUUAAUUGUAGUUUAUUUGCAUGUAGCUCUCUGCUGUUCAACACUGGGCAUCGCCUGUUAGUGAUGCUUGAAGGGCUUUUAUUGCGAAAGCGGAAACGAAAUCUGGUGUUUGCCCGAUCGGCAAAGUUGUCUGGAAGGAGCAGGGAUGAGCCGCCGCAUAAAUACCUAAUGAUUUAUUUUGGUCAUUUACUGUUGUUCGUCAUGACACAACGCUUGAGUCCAUGGAAAGGAUAACACCCCUGAGAGCCAGAGUGCUUCAUGCUUUAGCAGAAGCAGAGAAACCAGAAGAGUGUUCAGAACCCAGCGUGAAUGAGAACAACAUGAGGCUUCCUCUAUGCCGGCCACCACACAGGCGUGGAUACAUGAUCACUGUGGUUUUAGGUUUGCUGUUAUUGGUGAUAUUCUUUCUACCACUGAUUUCAAAAACGACACACAAACCCCUGGAGUGGCAUGUCAGCCCUGAACACAAAAAGAAGGUGCACGAGCACGCACAAAGUGUGCUGGACAGUCAGUGUCGUCCCGGCAGCACUAGGCAGAGACUGUUAGCUCGACUUCCUGCUUCUAGUCACAGGACUCAGCCUUUCCUGUGGAAGAACAUGCCGCUCCCUGAUGAACUUUUCCAGUAUCCACCACCAUUUGGGUUCAAAGGUCAUCAGGGCAGAGUAGAGGACCUGCUAAAGCUGCUUCCAAACUCAGACGACACUUCACAGAUGAAGAAGACAGAACGUUGUCAGCGUUGCAUGGUUGUGGGAAAUGGAGGCAUUCUCAGAGGCCUGGAGCUUGGCCCACUAAUAAAUCAUUUUGACACCAUAAUCAGGCUAAAUAGUGGCCCUCUGGAAGGGUUCAGUGUUGACGUUGGAAAUCGAACCAGCAUCAGAAUGAGUUACCCAGAGGGCACGCCACACCCCUGGGUGGACAGAGACCCACACACUCUGUUUGUAGGUGUGACGUAUAAACGUGUAGACAUCAACUGGAUGUCUGCUAUGAUCAGCAAGAAUGCUGUGUCUCUGUGGGACCGACUUUUUUUCUGGAAGAGCAUUCCAGAUCAGGUCCCCGUUAAGCCCCACAGGUUCCGGCUUCUAAACCCACAGGUCAUCGAAGAGACUGCAUUUUAUCUACUGAAAUACCCUGCACCCACAUCACGUCUGUGGGGCAGUGACCAGUUUAGUGACAGGCCAUCAGCCGCCUCCCCUCUGCCAUUUUUCCACUGUGUGUGGUGCCCGUUGCAGAGUCUGACAGGCAGUCAGGGAAGAAAGGUGUGCAUGCAGUGUGUUUUUCUUUUCAAUACCUGUAAUAAGAAAAUGUCCAUGUUAUGAUAGCCAUCAAUUUUCAUACCAUGGCUUACUGUGAAACCGGUAUACUACUGCAGCCCUACUUGCUGGUUUAGAGACGAAACAGGGACUUCAGUGAUGAAGAUAUUUCUGCAGGUCUGUGUCCUGCUUGGUCAACAGUUGUUUGAUAAACUGCCAGUCUCCAUUACUGGCUGAGGAGUGAUCCUUCACAUCAUCAUUUGGGAGGUGACAGUGGUGCGGUGGUCGUCUUCGCCUGCAGUCCACAUGUCGAAGUGUCCUUGGGCAAGACACUGAACCCCCCCAGUGCCCGUGAUGGUGGCGUGUAUGCAGGCAGCGGCCCGGGGCCCUCGGCUCCAAACAUAAUUUUGUUGUACGUGUCACAAUGUUACAGUGACAAUAACUAAAAGCUUCUUCCUCUGCUCAGCUGACUGCAUGUGGGAGGGGGUACAGGGGGUUUGCUGGGCAAAGUACCGGGCUUACUGCUUGUUGGGUUCCGAUAGUGGGAACACACCAUCAGUCUCUGUGCUGUCACAACUGACAAACAUUAUGCAACUUCUAAAUUAAUUAAUUAAUAUCCAUGACACUUGAUAAUUAAGAAAAAUAAAUAAAAACAUAGAUAAAUGUCAGAUUACUUUACAUACAGUAUAUUCUCAUCUACCGAGGUGCUGUCUUUGUUUUUUCUUUUACUGCAGCCCUGUGAACUCUAAAACCUCAUAGUGUGAUUAUCUUGGCCAGAUCCGUCUUAUAUAAUGAAAUGGAUUUGAACAAGAUAACCAGAAGAUAUAUAUGGAAAUGUUAAGACAAAUUUAAAGUUAGUGUGUGGUGGUGCACCCCACCCCACCCCCCACCCUACCCAUGACAAAAUGCAGCUUCCCUUCACAUGCACUGGGGCUCCCUCUUGUUGUUGGUUUUGGAUAUUGCAAUACUGGCAGUAAUCAAACCAGUGUUACCAUUUGUAGUCCCCAUUGUAAUUAUGAACUUCCAGCUAAACAUUAUCUGAACUCAUAUUGAAGAUUUAAAGACUGAGCCCAGGGGAGCCAUUAAUAGAAGAAUUAAGAUCAUUCUUGUCUUCUGAUACAGCACAUUUAUUUCCUGGGGUUUAGCAUAUACUGUACCACCUUGAGUGAGACUGACUUUUAUAUUUUACAUUUUAUAUCAUGGGU